UAUGUUACCAGUUUACUUCGUAGGAUUUACAAAAGGUAAUUUAGUAUAACCGUGAUUGACACUGACAGUAGACAUCGACAAGCGUGAUAUACAUGCUACGAACAGAACACGGAUACACUUUAACUGUAACCGCGCAGUUUUAGAUAAAGGAGCUAAACAUUUUUUUUGUAUUACUUCAUCGUAAACCACCGGCCGUUAUCAACCAGUGCCUUCUAUCUGGGAGUUCGUGAAGAAGUGACGACGGUUUCUACACUUUUACAUUUGGUGCCUGGACUGGUCGAUUCAUUGAGUGUCUUUAUGUGACAGUUGCGCUAUUUGCCCGUUUGCUUUUCGAGAUGGCAGAAUUACCACCGCCGCAACAGUUGGUUGAUAUUGACCCGGAUUUCGAGCCGCUCUCCCGCCCCCGGUCAUGCACCUGGCCUCUGCCUCGACCGGAGUUCAUCGAACCCGCCAGCUCGAACACAUCUUCACCGGCGCCUGCAGUCAAGCAGGAGCCUGUCGAAUACAUUAGUAACCUCAGUUUGUUAGAGGAGUCAGAAGACUACCAGGAGGAUGAGAAACGGCUCGUUUUGUGCAAUGAUUUUCAAUGCCAGGAGAAAUGCAUACACCAGCAACAGCAGCAACAUCAUCCACAGCAGUUACAGAAACACCCGGGUACUCUGCUGCCACACCAGCAACAGGUGCCCCCGCUCUCGUCCCCGGUCGGGUCAAAUUCGGUGGCCGCUGCUGCCGCUGCUGCGCAGAGGAAAAGCAGCUCGUCGCGUCGGAACGCGUGGGGGAAUAUGUCCUACGCGGACCUCAUCACCAAGGCGAUAGAGAGCUCACCCGAGAAGCGACUCACCUUGUCUCAGAUCUAUGACUGGAUGGUGAAGAGCGUGCCAUAUUUUAAGGAUAAAGGAGACAGUAAUAGCUCUGCAGGUUGGAAGAACUCCAUCCGCCACAACCUGUCCCUCCACAGUCGUUUUGUUCGUGUGCAGAAUGAGGGGACAGGGAAGAGCUCCUGGUGGAUGCUGAACCCCGAGGGAGGGAAGAGCGGGAAGUCCCCCCGACGUAGAGCUGCCUCCAUGGACAACAACAGCAAGUUCACCAAGAGCAGAGGACGGGCUGCAAAGAAGAAGGUGGCUCUCCAGGUGGAUGGGGGUGCAGACAGCCCGGGAGGCUUCCAGUACUCCAAGUGGCUCGGCAGCCCCAACUCCCAUAGCCACAGCAACGACGACUUCGAGGCCUGGACCACCUUCCGGACGCGCACCAGCUCCGACGCCUCCACCCUCUCUGGCCGUCGUUCUCCCUUCUUGGAACAGGAGGUCGACCUAUCAGAGGCCGACAUCCACAUGGGCUACCCCGGAGGGGUAGGGCCUAAGAUGACCUCCAUGGCCACCCUGCCUAGCCUAUCAGAGGUGGGCCUGGUCGACUCCAUGGGUGGUCAUCAUCACGGUCACCACGGAACAGAGAAUGUGAUGGAUAGCCUCCUUGACAACCUCAACCUGCUGUCCCCCAAGAAUCAAACCCAGCUGGGGGUAGGCGGUGGUCCUGGGUCUGGGCCUGACUCCUCCCGGUCCUCUCCCUCCUCCAAGCUUCAGAACAGCCCUUAUAGCUCCCCCUCCAUGACCCCUCACCCCCAGCCCCAACAGCAGGACUAUAGGAAGUGCCACUACGGCCAGGCCGGGCCAGGGAUGAAUAGCCCACAUCUCUCUCCCAUCCCCAUGCAGACGCUGCAAGAGAGCAAGUCGCCAGGGUCCUUCGCACCCUUCCUGAGCCAUUACAACUGCCCUGCUGGGCUACUCAAGGAGCUGUUGACCUCUGACGUAGCCGACCCUUGUUGUGGUGGGGAGGCCAUGCCCUCCAUGGAGACUGUAGUGUCCCAGUCUGGGAGAGGAAGAGGAGGGCGGAUGCUUCCCAACUACAGCAGCCAGGUGCAGGUAGGGGGGCACGGGGGGGUGAAGAUAAUGAGUCCCCCACCUCAGCAACACCCACAGCACCCUCAGUCACAUCCUCACCCUCACCCGCGGCCCCUCCACAGCCAGGGCCCUCCCCCCUCUGGGCCCUCCAUGAACAGCUGUGGCCUGAUUCCCCUGACCAGCCUGAACCACGCCGGGGGCCCAGCCCGUCUUGCUAGCCUCAGGACACACAUCCACCAGCUACAGCAGCAGCCACGUGGUGGUGGUGGUCACCCAGCCUCAGGCCACCAAAACCAUAGUCCCCACCACAGCGGAGCUCCUCCACCCAGCUACGGCAGCAGUGCUAAUGGUUAUGUGAGGCCAGGUCCAGGCCACGGCCACAGCUCUGGUCAUCCCCAGGCUCACCAUCACCACCAAUAUCACAACCAUCAUCAGGAGAGGCUGCCUAGUGAUCUAGACGACAUGUCCAUAGAGAGGUUCGAGUGUGACAUGGAGUCUGUUCUUCAUGACACGCUGAUGGACGGAGACUCGCUGGACUUCAACUUUGACCCCAUGGUAACCUCUCAGGGGUUCAGUCAGGGGGUUGGGGUGAAGACCACCACACACAGCUGGGUGUCUGGCUAGGACACACACCUCUCAGACAGAUUUUUCACCCUUCGACACUGGCCUUCGUUAAGAGAAUGGAAAGGUCUAAGGAAACCAUUGCCCCUCUCCACAGCACUAUCAUCAGCCCGUCCCAAUUCUCUCACUAUCCAUUGCAGAUCUGUAAGGUGGAAGAAAUAAUGCAUUUUGCGAAGAUCGAAGGGUAAGGGCCAAGGGGAAGGGCUUAGAGAGUGAAUCGGGGCUGGCUGAGACUGUGCUUGUUUGGAGGGAACGUCUCGUCUGAAGUUGGCUUUGUAAAUACAGCAGCGCCCGACUCGGCACAAUGUCAUUCACUUCAACAGAACCUGGAAGAAGCUGGAGCCUAAUUUACAAAAAGCUAUCUUUUGUUGUGAAAUAUAUUUUGUUUUUAUUGUGUUAUUAUCGUUUUUGGGCAUGUGUAUUUCUUUUUUAUGUUCAGUGUCAAAAUCACACAAGAUCAGGGCUAGUUUUAGCUCUUCAAAAACAACUGGAAUGGAGUCUGUUCUACUCUACAUUCAAGUGGGGUCAGUCCCGCCCUUCAGGGUGCUUUUCAACAAGGUUGUCAAAAAGCAUUUGGCAUAUUAUGUAUGAAUAAAAUAUUAGGGAUGUAAAAUAUGCUACAAUUCUUCAAACAUAUGUAAUGUAUACUGUGUGUAUAUUUGUGAAAAGGAAUAUUCUUACAUUUUUAUUAUUCUUACACCUUUCUCUGUGUGCAUUUAAAAUUCAUUUUUCAUUGCCUUUCAAAUGACCAAUAUGCUAUGUUGAACCAUCUACCCAGGAACCAGGCCAGCAUAGGGAUAGCCAAAGUCAUAGUGAUAAUAUAUGUAUUUUAGUGAUAGGACAAAUCAGAGAAGUGCAGCAAGUGGUUACUUAUCUAACAUCUCAGGCUAUUCUUUCCUCAGCUGUUCAUCACUCUUCCCUUCUCUUGCCCUUCACUUCGCUUUCGAGUUACGAUUCCUAAUUCCAUCUACUUUUCUCUAAUCAUCAUCUAUCUGAUUGUGACGAUCACACUCUCCCUGGCCUUCAUUCAGCUCGCAUCCCUGACUCCCUUUUCUCACUCUCACCGUUUCCCUCCCACUCUCCUACCCUUUUCUAACUCGCCUCUCUUUGUGCCUUAUUACUCUCAAUUCCUCUCUUCAUCUCUCUCGCUCUCGCCCCCUCUUCCUCUCCUUCUCUGUCUGUGGGUGUGAGGGCGCUGUAUGCAUUAGGAGGGCAGCGAUAAUUUGAGAGGCUGAUAAUGGGCUCUAGUUUAUCUCACAUAACAGUGCUCAACAGCAGAACACAGGAUUUGAGCUUUUUUCCUCCCUAGCAACCCUCCCUCUCUUCCUCCUUUUUUUGUCACACACCAAAACGUGUAACCUAAAUAACCUGAUGUUUUAGAGUCAGUGUGCUGAUUCACUGCACCUUUUAUAGUCUCAGACUUAUGUAAGUAAGUUUUGGAAAGUCAAGGCGUUUAUUUGUUACUAGACUUUGCAUUGUAGUUUAUAAUAAUUCCCUGAGUGACCUGUGAGAAUCUGUGUAGUGCUGGAGUAACCUGGUAGAGUCUGUACCUAUAGGUUGCCAUUUGGGACUUAACCUAAAUCAGCUGUCUCAAACUCCAGGCACAUGUAUAUCUGCCCCACAAGAUGCGUUCUUGUGUUCCCCAGAUUAAUAUCUAAUUUGAGUUUGAGGUCUAAAUGGAUUCCCCUCUUUACCAGCCUCUCCCCCACUUGGCUAUUUACUAAACAUGUUUAAUUAAUGCAAUUUAAGAUGAGUUAACGCCCACUCACACACUCAUACCUCAACUUAUUUUACCUCUCACCGUUCUGUCACAGUACAUGUGGAUAAAAUAUGAUCCAUAACUUUUUUCUUGAUAUACAGUAUGGAUGGACAUGUUAUUGAUGUUACAAUGGACCAUUCACAAACCUUACCAGCUAUAUGUGUACUGAGUGAUAUAAUAUAUUUCUUCUUUCACUUUUUGUUGAUUCCAUUUUUUUCUCUCAAAACAAUAUCCCUUACCUACUUUCAGCAUGUGACCUCACUGUAAAUAAUAAUAAAUUAAUAUGUAGAUUAUUUGAAAUUAAUGAAACAUUUAAGAUAGGGUAUGCAGUACCUACAGAGACCCUAUUGUGAGAGACUGUCUGCAUCCCAAAUGGUACUGUAUUCCCUAUAUAGUGCACAUGGGGUUCUGUUCAAAAGUAGUACACUACAUAGGGAAUAUGGUGCCAUUUGGGACCGACACACUAUGUUAGUUCCAGUUUUCAGAUCAUCAUUCUUGAGAAAAUUAUAUCGUAUAAAAUCUUAUUAUUAUUAUUAUUAUCUUAACUUUUUGUUACUAUUUUAUUUGAUUUAGAUACUCAACAAAAAAUGAAGUAUUCAGCUAAUAGAUUAUGCAAUGAUUUAAGUGCUCUUUGUUUUUGGAAACUGACAUUGUUACUUAGCUGCUGUUUGUAUAAAAAUAAAAAAAAUAACUGAAAGUAGACAUUUUUAAAUUGACUUCGUAAACAACAUAUACACAAAAGAUAACGUGAAUAAAAGUCGGACCAAUUUACGUUUACAAUGUUGCACUUCUAAAGUUUUGUUGUUGCUCAAGUGUUUUGUAUAAUUAGUUUUGACUGUAAAGAUUUGACAGAAAACUGCUUAUCCUCAAACAUAAACAAGUGUUUGGGCCUGUUACAUUUCUUAAUUUAUGUACGGAAAGUCAAAUGUAUUUUGAUAUUUGUCUGAGAUUUGCCAUAAAAGUACAAUGAGAUUUGUUUAUGAAUUACAAAUGAUCUACAGUGGGGUCCGGAAUUAUUGGAUCUCUUAAUAAAGAUAUGUUUCUUUGAAUAAAGUAUGCUCAAUAAAGUAUGCUCCAAUUUUGUUUUUAUGGAUGAGGUAUUUUCUGCAUAUGCAUUGUUCUUUCGAAGGCCAAACACUAUGCUCGUGUGGGUGGCCAAAGAGCUCUAUUUUCAUGCCAUAUGACCAUAGCUCCGGUUCCAAUCCAAGUACCAAUGCCGUUUAGCAAACUCCAGGCGGUGCUAUGGUCAGAUGACAUGAGAAUAGAGCUCUUUGGCCACACACACCAAUGGUGGGUUUGGCCUUCGAAAGAACAGUGCAAAUGCAGAAAAUACCUUGACUCUACUGUAAAAUAUAGUGAUGGAUCUUUGACGUUAUCAGACUAUUUUCCUUCCACUGGUCCAGCGGCCCUUGUUAAGGUCAACGGCAUCAGAAAUUUACCAAGUACCAGGACAAAAACCUUGUUGCCUCUCCUAGGAAGCUGACAUUUCUUUGCAAGUGGAUCAUAUAGCAAGACAAUAACACCAAGCACACAUCAAAAUCCACAAAGAAAUGGUUAAUUGGACACAAAAUUUAUAUUUUUCUCAGUCUCUGGACUUGAGAACCCAAUUGAAAACCUGUAGUUUGAAUUGAAGAGGGCAGUCCAUAAGCGCAGACAAAGGAUAUCAAGGAUCUGGAAAGAUUUUGUAUGGCGGAAUGUCCUUCCCAAUGUGUUCACCAAUCUCAUUAUAUAUCUAUUUUUUUUAAAGGCUCAGUGUCAUUAUACUUGCAAGGGGAGGGUGCUGGAGUAUUGAAAGCAUGAGAUCCAAUCAUUUUGACCCCUUUCUUUUACAUAAUUUUUUUUUAUUAUACACUAUAGCUCAGUAUUUGUACUAUUUAUUUUAUACAGUCUUUUUUGUGCAUCUUUAUCAAGGGAUCCAAUAAUUCCGGACCCCAGAAUAUAUAUUGUAAAAUAGCUCUUGUUUGUUUGAAGUAUAGAGACUUGACCUCUGAGUUCUGAUUGGAAACUAUAUCUAUAAUUGUUAACUGCUUAUAUGAUUAUACAGUGCAUUUGGAAAGUAUUCAGACCACUUGACUUUUUCCACACUUUGUUACGUUACAGCCUAAUUCUAAAAUUGAUUAAAUUACUUUUUUUCUUCAUCAAUCUACACCCCAUAAUGACAAAGCGAAAACGGGUUUUUAGAAAUUGUUGCAAAUGUAUUACAAAUAAAAAACAGAAAUACCUUAUUUACAUCUUAUUUACCCUUUGCUAUGAAACUCGAAAUUGAGCUCAGGUGCAUCCUGUUUCCAUUGGCCAUCUUUGAGAUGUUUCUACAACUUAAUUGGUGUCCACCUUUGGUAAAUUCAAUUGAUUGGACAUGAUUUAGAAAGGCACACACCUGUCUAUAUAAGGUCCCACAGUUGACAGUGCAUGUCAGAGCAAAAACCAAGCCAUGAUGUCGAAGGAAUUGUCCGUAGGGCUCCAAGACAGCAUUGUGUCGAGGCACAGAUCUGGGGAAGGGUACCAAAACAUUUCUGCAGCAUUGAAGGACCCCAAGAACACAGUGGCCUCCAUCAUUCUUAAAUGGAAGAAGUUUGGAACCACCAACUCUUCCUAGAGCUGGCCGCCCGCCCAAAUUGAGCAAUCAGAGGGGAGGAGGGCCUUGGUCAGGGAGGUGACCAAGAACCCGAUGGUCACUCUGACAGAGCUUCAGAGUUCCUAUGUGGAGAUGGGAGAGCCUUCCAGAAGGACAACCAUCUCUGCAGCACUCCACCAAUCAGGCCUUCAUGGUAGCAUGGCCAGACGGAAGCCACUUCUCAGUAAAAGGCACAUGACAGCCCACUUGGAGUUUGUUAAAAGGCACCUAAAGGACUCUCAGACCAUGAAAAACUAAAUUCUCUGGUCUGAAGAAACCUGGAUUGAACUCUUUGGCCUGAAUGCCAAGUGUCAUGUCUGGAGGAAACCUAGCACCAUCCCUAAGGUGAAGCAUGAUGGUGGUAGCAUCAUGCUGUGGGGAUGUUUUUCAUCGGCAGGGACUGGGAGACUAGUCAGGAUCGAGGGAAAGAUGAACGGAGCAAAGCUUGUAGCGUCAUACCCAAGAAGACUCUGUAAUUGCUGCCAAAUGUGCUUCAACCAAAUUCUGAGUAAAGGGUCUGAAUACUUAUGUAAAUAUGAUAUUUCCAUAUUAAAAAAACUGUUUUUGCUUUGUAGUUAUGGGGUAUUGUGUAUAGAUUGAUGAGGGGGGAAAUAACUAUUUAAUCCAUUUUAGAAUAAGGCUGUAACGUAACAAAAUGUAGAAAAAGUUUAGGGGUCUGAAUACUUUCCGAAAGCACUGUAUUUUGACACAGGCAAAUCUUAAAGUCAAUGGUUAUUGUGCAAUGUUGAUGCUGAUCUUAAAAUCAAUGUUGAUGAGUUAGUGUUGACUGUAGUUGUUUCUGGUGAGUGUUCAUUACAUUUAAAUUGUUAUUGGUUAAUGUUUAUCCUGACAUGUAUGUAAAGGUUGCCUGCUAUUCUUUUGCCUUGGUGUUAAAAAAACAUCCAACCACCCUCCCCUUUAAUAAGUAGUCAUAUCGUAAAGGGGAGAAGUGACAACUCAGACCAGCCAGCUACACCAUGGUGCUUUCUUGGAACCUCGAGGAGCAAGUGCCUGACACUAUUCUAUCUGCGCCAUAUUUACAAAAAAAAUGCAAGAUUUUGUGAAAAAAAUCUUUUUGCAGAUGUUGGUUGAAGCCGUAUGUAUAUAUAAAUGAUCUCACUGAAAA